AACAGGGAGAGGAAUAUGUUGUCAAUUUCCAAAUUACCUAAGUCUCUUUUGAAAGAAAGGGUGAAUGUGUUUAACAUAAGUGGAAAUGGUAAGAGUAUUGCCAUAAAUGGUGAGACAAUGAUAAUGUCUUAGGAAAAGAGCAUUUCGCUAGCUCAAUAAACUUGGUAGUUUAUUUCUUUAUACUAAAUAUUAUAAAUUAUUUUGUUCUUGAGUUUUGCUGGGGGAAAGAUUUGGCUAAAGUUGCAUAUUGACAUUUACAACAUUGAAAGUGAAUAUUCUUUUCUUGUUUCUAAUACCUCAUCUGAUGCCUUUAAAAGUUUAUUGAGCACCUACUAUCUGUAAUGCAUGAUAGUAGGCUUAUGAAAUGAAAAAUAUUCUAUAUAAGGGAAUGUUAGGUAUUGUGAUGUCAUAGAAUCUAUCCCCAUAAGAAAAUACUGUACCUCAGAAGUUUUUAGGGCUUAAAAAUUAUAUUGAGAGAAAUGAAUAGAAAUAACCCAUUUUGAGGAAGCCAUGGCAAAGUCUAUUACAAAACACAGAGUUUGUUCUCAGCAAUCUUCAGUAUCUUCUCUGUUAGCAAGCUGCAGCCUGAGUGGUAGUAAUUCCUCUAAAUCUGAUGACUCUUUUCAGUAUAAGGAUAAACUGUACAGUUCUGCCUCUCAGGCUCUACAGGCCUAUAUUGAUGAUUUUGAUUUAAGCCAGAUGUAUCCUGGUGCAAGCACUGGAAAGAUUAACAUUGAUAGAUGUUCUGCUAAUAUGCCCGAAUUCUCCAACUAUAUUUAUAGACCAAACAAUGCUUUUGAAAAUCUCGAUCCCAAAAAAAGCUUCUCGUCCUUAUCUUGUAGAAGAAUGACUGUUAAUGACAUAGACUGCAUUAGCCUAACAACUGAUGAUCUAUUAAAACUUCCAGCAGAUGGGUCAUUUUCUUUAACUUGCAUUGGAUCAAGUCACCGAAAUAGCAAGAAAAACAAGAAAUGCAUUCGAAGACUGAGUUCAUUGGAUACUGAAAAGAAUCAAAAUUUUCAAGAACCUUCCACUCCCAUGUGCAAAGAUAACUUAGUUACUCCUGUUGUAUACAUAAAUAAAAAUGGAAAGCAACGUGGUAGGCUAAAAAACCCAAAACUUGUGAAUAAGACUAAUAAGUACGUUUCUGAUCCAUCUUUAUCAUUUUCCAAGAAGUUGUCUUUCAAAGACAGUUCAGAACACAAACUUGAAAAGAAUUACCCAAGAUGGCUCACUAGUCAGAAAUCUGACCUUAAUGUUUCAGGAAUAACUAGUCUACCUGAUUUCACAUACCCAGUCUGGCUCCACCAUCAAGACUUGCUACCCGACACAAAUAGUCAAAAAAGGAUUUCUAAAAUAUUUAAAGAAGAUCAGUGUUCCCCUAGACAUAGUUACCAGGCACAAAGAACUUCUCGACUUAUGAAUAAAUUAGAUAGUUUUGAAUAUUCUUUUGAACCCUCAAACAUUUCAGACUCCUUGAGUGCUGAUAAAGGAUUAAUUAAUGAAUAUAAAUGUGAUUCUGAACAUAGCCAGUGUCAGUGUGAGAAUCCACUUCUCCCAGGACAAACCAAAAAGCCAUUCAGUGGUGACAAAAUUGAAUUGCUUAUCCUGAAGGCCAAGAGAAAUCUAGAGCAUUGUACUAAAGAGUUACCGAAGUCUACAAAAAAGGAUGAUAGUCCUUGUUCAUUAGAUAAACUUGAAGCAGAAAGAUCAUGGGAAAAUAUUCCUGUUACUUUCAAGUCUCCUGUUCCUGUUAACUCUGAUGAUACUCCUCAACAAACUUCAAGGGCAAAGUGUGCUAAAGGGUUCCUUGAUGAUUUUUUAAAUAAUGAUAAUCAGAGCUGUACCCUUUCUGGAGGGAAACAUCAUGGUCCUGUUGAAGCCCUGAAACAAAUGUUAUUUAAUCUUCAAGCAGUACAGGAAAGUUUUAAUCAGAAUAAAACAGCAGAACUGGAAGAGGAGAUUAAGCAAGUUUCGGAAGAUAAUUUCUCUAAAUUACAGUUGAAAGAAAGUAUGCUUCCUAUUACUAGGUCACUUCAAAAGGCUUUGCACCAUUUAUCUCGCCUGAGAGACCUGGUUGAUGAUACCAGUGGGAAACAGUCACCGAAAAUGUGAAGAGGAAAAUAAAACGGUCCAACAAAUAAAUAGUCAUCACAGAGCAAAGAUGUAUUGUUUUUCCUGUUGCUUAAACUGACAAAGAAAUUAUAAGCCAUGCAUUAUUCUGUGAUUGGUUCAAGUAUUAUAUAUUCUUUAAAAAACAAACUUGAAAAUGUGCGUGGGUUUUGUGACCUAUCCUCAUUUUAUGCCAAGAUACCAGAAUGUGAACUGAGAGGACCCACACUGUGUCCUACUGUCUGACUUUGGUCUUCAGGCCAGCAAAUGUCCAAUAUUCAAAGAUGGAUGUUGUCUGCUAUUGAAGCUUAUAUGGACUUAAUCUUCUUGAGCAUCUGCAUCAUUUUAUCUUCUGGCUCUGGAUUAUUAGGAAACUCUUCCUGGUUUCUAUACAGAAUCUCUUUAAGUAGACUUUUUGAUACAAGUAGCAUCUACUUUUAAGUUGGCUAAAGGAACAUCAAAAUUGUUAUGGUGUAACUUCUCCAUAUAUGUUACCUUUAAUUUUUAUAAAUAUUUUAAGGUAUGUGGUACAUGCAAAUAACAGUUUAAUAAUGGGAUGAUACAGUGCAAAAGGAAUGUUUUAUGUUGUGAAAUCCAAAAGAAAAACUCAUUUAACUAAUGCAUUGAUUUUGAUUCUGUGUAAGAUAAUCUUUUUUUUUUUCUUUUUUUUUGUGUGUGUGUAAGAUAAUCUUGAUAUCACGUAAGAGUUUACAAAAUAUUUUUUGGGAGUACAUUUGAAAAUUUAAUAUUUUGAUAUUCUCAGAUUUUAGUUUUGGGGUUAGCUCAAACUAGUAAAAAUUCUAAGAUCAGUGACCAAUUGCUUUAUGCAGUUUGUUAAGUAAACUUAAAAUGAAUGUGGAAAAUCCAGAAGCAGCUCUGUAUUAUAAGGCUAUUUUGUAAGAGCUAAACAUGGUUUAAAGCAAUCUAUAAAAUUUGUCUUUAGCUGGAACUCAACAGAGCUCUACAGUUUCGCAUUUUCUAACCAACUAAACUAAUAAGCAAGAAAACACCUUUACUAACAAAACUAGGAAUUAAAUCAUAAAGCAUAUUUUAAAAGCCUGAUGAAAUGAAAGAAUGAGUGUCUGUAUACAAAACAAUACAAAUUAACACUGCCCAAAUUGUAGUAUCUAGCAAAGAUACAAUAAUAAACCUUGUUUUUUUGUUUUUUGUUUUUUGACCAGUGAGUCAGAGUUACCACCAUGCAAUUGUUUUUGCCCAGUUUGAGACUCACUGGCCAUUAAGUUUGUUUUGUUUACUCUGGAGGUAUUUCUGCUACCAACAUUCUAUUUUCUGAUUAUUGUCUUCUGCUUCAAAACAUACAGUUUGCAUGUAAUCAAAUAAGAUAUUACUUUGACAAUGAAAGUACGGUGGCUGU